GCUUGGUGUAGCUAAACCCCACAUUCUUUUCAACAGCUGUAGGCAACGUCACGUUUUCUUCUUUGUACAUACUUUAUUCAUCCUUCCUGAGUUGCGAACACUGUACUGUGGUCACGCCCAAGUCACUCCCCAUCUUGUGACCCUCCCACGCGGCUACCUCCUUCACCUCAAAACCCUCACCACCCCGCCCAUGCGUCUGCAAAGCUCCCCAACCACCAACACUAUGCGAUGACGACCGGCUCCAGUCCUCGCGCUGGAGUCUCUCUCCGAAGCGAUGCCUCCAAUGACACCACAACCACUACGCCCGACGCCCCGCAAGCCCCCAACAAGGCACCAGCGACGGGUGUGCAGGCCGCUGGUAUGCGAGCCGUGGCAGCGAGGAUGGUCGCCUUUUACUUCCGCGCACCAGUCAAAGCCUUUUUCAGGGGGAGAAUAGACUACAUGAGCUAUGCGAGGGCGAUAAAUCCGCAUAUCGUGGCAGAUGCGAAGUGGUCGUGGAGAAUGACUACGCCGGCGGUUCUGGCGCAUGCGAUACGGACUGAGGGAUGGGGGUUUAUACCGAAGCAAGUGCUGCCACCGCUGAUGGCUAAUACAUGUAUCGGCGCCGUCCUCUAUACAGCCUACCUGCACAGUCUCUCCGCCCUCCAUGAACCCUCCUCCUACCAGACCAAACGCGUCUACCCCCCGCCACCCCCUUCCAUAACCUUCACCGCAGGCUUCAUCGGUGGCUCAUGCCAAUCUGUCAUCGCCGCCCCCUUCGACGCCCUGCAAACCCGUUUCCGCACCGCCGACAUCCUUGAAGGCCGCCACAAAACAAUGUGGCACUACGCCGGACACAAACUGCGUUCUAUCGGUGUCCAAGGCAUCUUCGCAGGCUGGUCUUUGUCUUUCAUGAAGGACGCAUUCGGUGCCGCGGUCUUCUUCGGAACCUUCGAGACAGUGAAGAGCCAGGCUUACCUCGAGUUUGUGAGCCGGUACUACGGUAGCCGAACGCGCGAUACGUUACUCGAGAAAUCGAUCCCUUAUCUCCAAGAAGACCAUGACGACCGCCCCGUCAUCCGCCCCCACUACAUGCUCGAACCCAUGUUCCUCCUGCUCGCCGGCGUCUCCGCAUCCAUUACUUCCCAACUCAUCCAGCACCCCCUCACCGAAAUCCAAGACGUCCAUUACCGCCGUCUCGAAGCCUUGGACUUCCAGGCCCACCAGGACAACAAGCCCUCACACAUCGUCCGACGCUACUACCACGCCUACGAAGAAACGUUUGCUCAAUGCAAGGUUCUAGCAAAAAGGGCUGGCGGCUGGCGAAAAUAUCUCUACAGGGACUUCUUCAUGAGCACGAUCAAACAGGUUCCCAGUACCGCGGCGGGACUGAUCGUGUUUGAGAUUGUGAGGAGGAAGUAUAGUUUUGAGAAUGAGGAGGUUAUGAUUAUGCAUGAGGAUGCGAGAAUCUUGUUGACAUGAGGGGUUGUGACGCGUGGUGCGAGGGAAGUAAGAGGAGGGAGGAGGGGAGGGAAGGGCGGAAGGGGGGUUGUUGAUGAGCAUUGAGGAUGAUUUGCAUAUGAUACCCAGAUAUAGAUUGAUUACAGUUAUAGACUUUGUAUAUAGAAUAAUGCAACUCGCAU